UGUGCCACUUUCAGGUCUCCUCACACACUGCUGUGUGUUCCAUUUUUUGUCAUAGGUGCUGGCAGAUUACGGGCCCCCCAUAGCUGCUGCCAGGCCCCUAAUCUGCCAUGGGCCCCUGUACCGCCUCCUCAUGCUGCUGCCAGGCCCGUAAUCUGCCAUGGGCCCCCGUACCAACUUCCUCAUGCUGCUGCCAUGCCCGUAAUCUGUCAUGGGCCCCUGUACCGCCUCCCUCAUGCUGCUGCCAGGUCCAGGAGUGUGUCAUGGGUCCCUGUACGGCCUCCAUUGCUGCUGUCUCCAUCGCCACACUCUGCCAUUGCCACUUUCAGGUCUCCUCACCUACUGCUGGUGGUUAUCCAUUUUGGUCACUAGGUGCUGUAUGGCCUCCCAUUGCUGCUGCCUCCACCGCCACACUGUGGCCCUUCCACACUCUGUUUUGGCCCCGUGACUGCCCAAAUCGGAGUUGAAGGUGUGGCGGGGAUUCUAAGAGCGUCGGCCUCAGCCUGCAGGUCAUACUGGACCGUGUCAGUAUUAUUUGCUCUUCCCCAGCAGGACCUCCAAGGCAUUUAAAUUAAAGGGUCACAGUGUGCCUUGCACUAAUAUAA